UUUAUUUCUGAUAUUAACGUACUUAGGAAUACGUGCUCGCAUAAAUAUGCAUACAAUUAUAUUAAUGCAGUAUCAAUCUAAUUAACAAUAGAUAUUUUGAGUAAUCAACAAUUAUGCAAUUAUCUGUGAAUCAAUAUAUGUAAGAAAUCCUUCGAAGCUAUAAAGAACCUCAGUGGCAGUUGUAGGAAUAAUAUUAAGUAAAAUUAUGGAUUUACUGGGAUCUAUUUUAAAUUCAAUGGACAAGCCUCCUACAAUUAGUGAUAAGCAAAAAGCAUUAAUGAAAAAACAGAAAGAGGAGUAUCAGAAGCAUCAAGUAGCGGAAGCUGAAAUGUUAAAGGUUUUUCGAGAGAAGGUGGAAGGAAAGAUUAAUAAAUUCCUUCAGGAUGACGUUGCAAAGGAAUAUAAAUUCCCUCCAAUGGAUCAAAUCCAUAGAAGUAUAAUACAUGACGUUGCUGAAGUGGCAAAUGUAUGGGCAUAUUCCUUUGGCGAGGAAGGCAUCGAUCGGCAUAUCAUGAUUUUUAAGAGAGAAUAUGCCCCAUCGGAAGAUCAAUUAAACGUGUUACGCAGAGGUGAAGAAUGGAACGAAGAGAUAGCGAAGAGGCUAGUCGAAGAAAGGGAAAGACAAGCCAAAGAAGAAGUAGAAACUGCUAAAUCUAAGAAACGAAAAGAUAAUUUUGUACCAAAUAGUUAUUACAAGGAUAAGUAUCAACAUUUAAUUGGAAAGGAAGCUGCUCUAGAAGCAGCCAAAAAAACAGAAGCUAAUAGUAGUUAUGGCUGUGUUCCGAGUGAAAAUAAAAAGGACCAGAGAAGUAUAGAGCAGACAUUGGCGGAUAUACGCGCGAAAAAAAGAAAAUUAAAUGAAAGUACUAACACGUCGAAUUGUAAAGAUAAAAGUACAAAAUAGUGAGACACGU